AUGACUACCUUUAAUAAACUCAAUCUGGGCAUCGCUGUGGGCAGUUUUGCUAUAUUUCAACUUAGCUAUCAUGUGCUGAGUUCGUGGCUAUCUUCACGCCUAACAUCUGGUUUUAAUAAUCUUGACCAAAAGAAGAAAAUUGAAUGGAACACAAGGACAGUAUCUACGUUCCAUGCCUUGGUGGUUGAAAUAUUUUGUGUGUAUAUUUUAUUGUAUGAUGAAGCUAUUAAUGCUGACCGUGUUUGGGGCGAUCCUUCUACAGUGCAACUAAACCUUGCUAUCACUGUAGGCUACCUCAUUUCAGAUUUGUUGCUUAUUAUUUGGCACUGGAAGGCAAUUGGGGAUGUAUUUUUUGUAACUCACCAUGUACUAGCUCUAUAUUCAUAUUACAUUGUACUGGAUAGAGGAGUAUUGGCUUAUUUUGCUAAUUUUCGUCUGCUUGCAGAAUUGUCUACCCCUUUUGUGAAUCAGCGGUGGUUUUUUGAAGCAUUGGGGUAUUCUAAAGCUUCAAAAGCUAACAUCAUAAAUGGACUGCUAAUGACCAUCAUGUUCUUCCUAGGGAGGAUCAUAGUCAUUCCAAUUUAUUACAACAGUAUGGCUUCUGAGUUUGGAACAGAAGCCUACUACAGAUUAGGAUUUGUAGCUCAAACGGCCUGGAUUGUCUCCAGUAUCAUAUUGGAUAUUAUAAACUUAAUGUGGAUGGUCAAAAUUACACGAGGAUGUUACAAGGUUAUUCGUCUCAUUGGACAAGAAGAAGCCAAAACUCAUAAAAAUGGGAAAUCUGACAACACGAAGAAGAACAUUUAAUAGCAAUUCGGAGUACGUUAAAAGAACAAUGGACACUUUUGCUAUAAAAAGUUCCUCUUAAGGAAAUAUAAAGUUACCUUUCUUAAAUUUAGGAUUUCCGAUAACACACUGCUUGGAUCUCCAAAAACUUUUUCAUCCGAAGACGUGGAUUGUGUGGAGUCAGAAACAGCAACAACAUGCUGCAUAUGUUGGCAGCCUUGGCAGGGUGUCCUAAGCAUUGAAUUUUAGCACUAUAUUCCUGUAAAUUUUCACUCAGGUUUCUUAAAAUGAUACGUUUUUAAUGCUUGUGAAUGUCAGGUUGUUUACAUUCUGCUAAUACGGCAACAUUUCUGGCAUGUUUCUCGGCUU